CUGCUUCCGCUUUAUCAUUUAUUGAUGAAUUUUUUUUAAUUAAAUCUCCUUGACCACUCACCUAACAACCUUCAUUUUCAACUCGGAUGUGUGAAUCAUUUUGACUCGUCGUCAACUCAGCUCUCAGUGUGAAUGCCAAGGUGUUCUUUUUUUCCCCACUUGUUCUUACUCUCAGAUGCUUAGAGAAUAUUAAUAAUGGAGAACCCUAAAACCCCAGAAAGCUUAGAAUCGAAAAACCCAGAUUUGGAACUCUUAGAGGAAGGUUUUGCAGCUCCUGAUUUGCUCACUUUGAUCGAAAGUAGUAAUGGGUUAGGCUCCAUUUUUAACGUUCAGCUUCGAGAAAAUGGCAAUGCUGUUGCAGGAGAUAGGUUAGCCAUGGAUGUAAAAGGGAAUGGUGUCAGUGUUAUUGAGACUGCAGAAUAUUGUUUACUGAACGAUGUAGUUGAUAAAAUGGAAGAGGGUCAAAUUGGUAUGGAAGUGGAUAGAGGAAGUGGGAUGAAGGACGAUGCGGUUAUAGAAUCUGUUAAGGAUGAGGGGACGAAGGGAGUUGAUCGUUUGACGAUUAAUGGAGUUGAUUCGGUUAAUAAGGUACAAGUUUCCGGAGACAACAUAUCUCUUUUUGUGGACUUUUCGGGAACUUUAAAUGAAGUGAACAGAACUGGGUUAAUGUUAAGUGAGUAUGAGUUAAAGGAAGCCGGAAAUGAGGUGGAGUUGGUAACUGUUGGACCGGAGCAUAAGUUUUAUGUAGGGGAUAUUGUUUGGGUUAGAACGAAGAGUCUGAGUUGGUGGUCGGGGAAGAUUUUAGAUCCUUCAGAGGCACCGGAGUAUGCUUUGGUUGGUGAAGAGAAAAACUGCUUGCUCGUUGGGUACUUUGGUUUUAGCCAUUUUGCUUGGUGCUGCCCAUCUCAGUUGAAGCCUUUCCUUGUGAACUUUGAGCAGAUGAUUAGACAGAAUAAAGCUAGAAGCUUUCUUGCUGCAGUUGAGAAGGCUAUGGAUGAUUUCGGGAAGUGCCUGAAGUCGGAGAUGAUGUGUUCUUGUGUUCUGAAAGAAAAUAAGUUAUUAUCUAAUAGUUCCGCUUCUAAGGAAGGAGUUUCCUUGGCAGAGGGUAAAUCUGGUCAAUUGGCGGAGUUUUCUGCUGCACGAUUUGAGACUGUGAAGUUUCUUUGUCAACUCAAGAAUCUUGCACAGGUUGUUAGAAAGCCUGAUAUGCUUGAGUUUGUUGUCCUACAGAGCUACUUGUCAGCGUUUUACUGUUCCGUAGGACAUUGCCAGUUGCCCUUGCAUCAACUGUGGGAAACGACAUGUGAUGCGGAGAAUGCUGAAAAGAACAGCAUACCAAAUAAAUUCUUGUUGGAACAAUCUGAUGUAAUGCAGGAUGAGAUGUUACAGCUCGAUCAGAAUGCGGUUUCGGCCAAGACCUUAAGUGGCGACCGGGUGGCUUUCUCUAGCAAACAGGCUUUGACUUCGAGGAAGAGGAAGAGGAAAAUUUAUGACGAGGUGAGGAAUAGCAACACUCCGUUUGAAAUGCCUGAUCAGGGCACAUGUGUUUCCGUCAAAAACCGAGAUGACAACAGUGAACCAAGAAAUGAAUUGGGCUAUGAGUUCAGAGGACGUAAGAAGAGCAAGUAUUUGUCGUAUCCCUAUGUUAAGUUAGAAGGUAAAGUUUCAGGUGAAACAGAAGAUUCUGCAGCUUUGAAAGUUACUCAUGAGAGGGUUAAUGAAUUUAUCGGGUCCUCUUCAGCUGACAAAAGAAGUGCAAAGAAGUUCCAGAAAACUUGGUAUAGGAAAUUCAUAGGUGGAAAUGAUGUUACUGCUUUUCCGGAACUCAGCGGUAUAUCUUCUGCUGAACUGCUUUCCGAGCUACAUAUUCUAGCUGUCGAUUGCCUGUUUUCAACUGAAAGUAAAACCUUUGGUCUGUUUGAGUGGUUCUUCUCCAGAUUCAGAAUUUCAGUAUAUCAUGAUGAAUCCAUUUACGAGAUGCAUUGCAAGAAUAUGGCCAGUGAGAAAGAGGCUACCGUUAAGAAUCCUUGCUUGUCAGGGAACGAUCUACUUCAAACGAAGCCUACUUCCUCGCCCCUCACUCUUCAUGAGAAUAAAAGGCAAAAGAAAAAGAAGCCUACAAUCUCAAUAACAUCAAACAUUAACUCUCUUUCGGGCACAUUAGAUGGGAAUAUCAACUUUUUGCCAUGUAACUUAUCAGUGAAAGUGUCUGAAGCAAUGGCCUCGGACAUACCUAAUGGGAAACAAACCCAUCUGGAGACUAAACAUGCUACAAACAUACCAGAUUUAAAUGGAGAUGGUGCUGUAACUCCAAGCUCAAUUGUUGCUGAUGGAAAUAAUGCAAGCUCUGGCUUGGUUUUGUUAGAUUUUCAAGCGGUUGGCCCACAUUCUGUGAAAACAGUUAUUGAACAAAGUAACAGAGAGGGACUUAAUGUUGUUCUUCCUGAUUCUGGUGCAACCAUUCCACCUCUAACAAUACCAAAUUUGGUUUCAUUUGCAUCUGAAAGUAAGCCAGAUCAGAAGAAGAAGAGAAUAAGGAAGCCAAAAGCACAAUCUGGCCUUCCGAGCCCUAUGCCCUCUUCAAACAUACCUGAUCUAAACGGAACUGGCGCAGAACCCAACAUGUCAAUAAAAGAUUUGCAGGAGGCUAACGAUGUUCCUCCUGCAAAAAAACCCUCUCGGAAGAGGAGGAAGAAAGGAGAGGUUAUUUUAGGCACACCAAAUAUGAUUUUAGAUUAUAAUGGAGGAGGGGCAAGUGGGAAAGCCCCUGCAACCACUCUUCUCUUGACAUUCACCCCUGGUGCUUCCAUGCCUUCAAAAGAAGUCUUGGUUGCAACAUUUUCCAGGUUUGGAUCCUUGAAGGAAUCAGAGCUUCAGAUAUUAAAAGAUUCUAGUACUGCCCGGAUUAUCUUUAUGCGAAGUAACGAUGCUGCCAAAGCAUUGCAGAGUUUAGAGGGGAACAAUCCUUUCGGUGCAACCCUUACAAAAUAUCACCUUCAGAAUGACAAUAUCGUAACUACUAAACGCACGGAGGGAUUCCGAUUGCCUGCAAAUCUUACUAGUCCAGUGUCGGUGCCUCGCCUGGGGGAUGCACCUCCCAAUAUUGAUUUUAUGAGGAAGAAUCUUGUGAUGAUGACAUCAAUGCUUGAGAAAUCCGGCGAUAAUCUGCCUCUGGAGAUGAAGGCAAAGCUUGAGAACGAGAUUAAGGGACUACUGAAGAAGGUCAGUUCUUGUCCUGGUUCCUCUAUGUAGUUAAAACUGUGGUCUCUGAUGUAGUUUCCUAUUGGAAGACACAUUUAGGUGCCUGAUUUCCAUUUUAGGUCAGAAUCUUUGUUUCUUUUAAUAACGAGGGGUUGUUCAAUAAAAAAAAACUUUGCACUUGGUGGCAUUUUCACAUAAAUCCUUGAUGUUAGC